CUGUAGCUGCGGCCGCACCGGGCUAGCGGCGGCGGGCAUGGAGCGCGAGCUGGAGGCGCUGGCGGCGCGGCCCGCACUCCCGGCGGCGCGGCCGGAGCCUCCGUUCGCGGCUCUGGUGGAGGCGGCGGGCGGGCGCGGGCAGGUGCUGCUGGUGGGCGAGCUGUGGGAGCGCGAGCAGAGCCGCGCGCUGCUGCGGGACUUCGCUCGCGCCGUCUUCCCGCCGGAGCCGGCCGCGCGCAAGCCGGGCGACGCGGCGGCCGAGGGCGCCGGCCCCGGGGCGCGCGGGGCGCGGUGGGUGCCCGGCACGGCCGGGGCGCGUGCCAUCCGCUCCACGCUGGUCUUCGUGCUGUGCCGCGCGUCCUCGCUGGCCGCCCGGGAGCCGCGGCGCCGCCUGCGGGAGAUGCUGCGCGACGUGCGCGACCGGCGGGUGGCCGGCGCGGCGCUGGUCGGGGUGCUGGUGGCCGAGGCGGGGCCCGAGGACGCGGCGGCGCCGAUGCUGCGGCUCCUGGAGGCGCUGCUGCGCACCGUGUUCGGCCGCCAGGUGGGAGGCCCGGUGCAGGCGGCCACCUACUGCCCCGGCCACCCCGCCGCCAGCCUGGCCGUCCAGGCCGCCGCCAGCAGGGCCCUGCAAGCAGCCGGGCCCGCGCGACCAGCAGAAGGAGCCUGGGAGAGACCGGGCCUCCCGGUGCUGUUGGCGUGCUUCUCCUGGGGUCCCUGGAGCCGGGGGAAGGACCCGGAUGCCACUACCUCCCCCAGUGGUCCCGCUCAGGGUAACUUCCGGGAACCGGAGGAGGAGCUGGCGCUGACAGUCAUACUUCCCAACGGAGACUGUGAGGAUCCUGGAAAGGGGUCGGGAGCCUGUGACCGAGCUGCCCACACACCCGACGAGCCCACUGGAGACUCCAGAUGAAGUCUGGGCCCCGGGGGGGGGGGCUGCUGCAGCUCCUCACUGCGCCCCCAGGCCUCCACGCUGACCCUGGGAUUGCAGUCACUACGAAGCCCCACCUUCCAGGGAAUUGCCCAGUUGACAGUUACCAGCGAGGCAGCUCGACUUACUCAGCUAAGCCAGGCCUGGGAAAAUGUAUCCUCUGGGAACUGGGUCCCUCCCCCACCUCCAGUGUGGUCACUCUGGUCUCAGUGAGGUUGUUUGUUCUCUCUGCGCCUUGGUUUCUCUGUGCCACUGAGACAGAGGGCGGCUUACUUUGAGGCUCUGUGGUGCUGGGGCAACCGUGGUUGUGUGCAUGAGCAUCCAUCACUUCACAUGCAGCUGGAAAGAACUCUGGACCAGGAGUUAUCAAACAGGAAGAGGGGAGCUCUUAGACCUGUCACUCAGCCAGGGGACAGGCUACCCACCUGCACACAGCACUGGAAGUGUGUGUGUGUGUGUGUGUGUGUGUGUGUGUGUGUGUGUGUGUGGCUUCACUGUGACUGUGGGGCACCCCUGGCAUUUAGUGGGCACCUCGAAUUGUGUAGGGCAAGCUCCAAAAACAGAAUUGUUCCACUUUGAGAUAUUGGAUGAGCCAAUCUCUUCCCCUUGUCAAAUUCUAGGAAGAGCCCUCCAGAGCAGGAGGGUUGGGGUUCCUGGGACCUUGGCUCCUGAGCAAGUCAGAAUAAAGACUGCACUGCCACCUGGAAGCCUGGGGGUCUGGGGCCUGGGGGCCAGAGCAAGAUGCUCUGUGUGCUGCUGGCCCAGGACAGAAAUAGCCUUGCACAGCCAUGAGAAGAAAGAGCGGUCUUUCUUCCUCACGUUGCCAUUGACUCUCUGUGCCAAGUUCUUUUGAGAAUAAGGCACCAAGCAGAAGGGAAGUUGGGUUAUGGAUUAAUACCAGGGCGUAGGACUUGCUCUCAACCUCAGCUCCUGACCUAAGGCCAAAGCCGACCCAGCCCAGAGGUGCCGAGUGCAGAAUCCCCUUUUCUCUGGUUAUGAGUCAAACAGGGUCAAUGACGUUCCUUUAAAAGCCAGGAAGACCACCUGUUCACUCAGAGGAGGAGCUCUGCCUUACCUCCCUUGUCUUCCUUGCCCGCCAGGAGAAAUCCAGUCUCUGGAAUUUCUGAUUUUCCCUGGUAGGAAGUACUAUCGGGAAGUAGUUAAAUUCAUUCAUUCAUGCGUGACUCACUCGGCAGACAUGCAAUUGUGCCUACUGUUUGCCCAGCGUUCUGGCAGGUGCUGCAUAACUUCCUUGAGUUAUUUCUGCCAAAAUAACUGUGAUAGUGCCAAAAUGUGGACUGGCAAGCCUGUGGCUGUGGGGCUCUGUGAUGCAAAAGAGGACCCUCGCUGCUCUGUGGCUCAGUUUCUUUUCUGCGACAGGGAGCCUAAUCCUUACGGGUGUGAGGGCAGGUCGGAUGACAUCUUAAUUUGGGGUGGUUUGACAGCAUGUGUCAUUUUAAUAAUGCAAAAAUAUCUCUCCAGUAGAAGGACCCAAUUGACUGCCUUCUGCCCAAGAAUGGACUCAAUGAAUUACUGUUGAUGUCGUUGUAAAAUAUGGGGACUGGUAUUGUUAGAGCUGCUCUAUUUUCCUAUUUAUCCAUUAAUUUCUUUGUAAUGAUUUGGUUGGAAUUUUGUUAUUUGGUCGGGGGAGGGUAGAAAAGUCUAAGGCAGAAGUUGAAAGGCAGAAGCCUCCGCUGUGUUUAAAAACUCAGGAGUUUGUUGCCAAUAUUUGAUACUUGGGGGAUUGCACAUAAAAAGCUUGUUUUCAGGGAGCGGGGAGGGGUGUGCUAUAAUUCCUCCCCCACACACUGGAGUCCCUUUCUCACCCUCCCCUCUACUGCACUUCACUGAGAUAAGCCCGCUGCCUGGUCCUGGCCCUGGGAGGCAUUUGAGUUUGCAAGCCUCUGGUACAAAGGGUGGUGUGCACAUUUUUUCACCACUUUCAGUAUUUCCUGUGAAUAUUCUUUGUUGACUAAGAUUGGGUUCUGCCUCCCAACUGAUAAGGACUGGACUGCCAUCCUCCCAGGCCCCUCUGGGCUUCCAUGGCACACGGCUAAGAUAAGCAGCGUCCUUUCCUCUUGUCUAGCAGACAGAAGAGUUGGGUGCUGGAUUGACCUUGGUGUUAGGCCUCCUCCUCAGUGACCAUUACAAGGCCUGAACUCUGGGGUGGGCCUGUCUGGGAGUGGAGGCCCAGGAUUGGGUUAGUGGUGCCGGGAGCCAUUGACCAGGGGCCCCCGGCGGGUCACAGUCUGGGCUCUUGGUACUAAUCUUUCUAACAAGGCAGUUGAACUGCUUCUGGCUUGAAUAGAUGAUUCCUUAGACCUAAUAAAACCGAACGGUGCCUCACUGCUGUCUAA